AUGUCCCAGGCCAUCAAUACAUCGGCGGCAAUAUACGAUCCUGGGGUGGGGUCAAAACAUGCUGUUGGCGAAGCCCAGUCUUCUGCAAUUACCAAUACCCGGCGUGGUCGCACUCGGGACCGCCGGCCUUCAGAAGAGGAGCCCUUAUCAAUACUAACCACGUUUCAGGAAGCUGACAGGAGUGAGGUCGUUCAAAGUCCUGAUAGAGUAAUCAGGAGAAAUGACGCUCUUCAACGGAGACUUCGAUACUGUUCCCGGAGGGAGUUGUCUGUCGAUGGCAGCACGAAUCACAAGUUGUACACUAACGCGGCGAUAGUAUCAGCCCGAGGGAUAGUAGAGCUGGCUCGAGUAAAGAUCGAUGGAGGCAGCCUUCACAACCUUCUUCCUCGAUCGAUAGCCAGUAGACUUGGAUUACCUCUACACUUCGGCAGCAGUAUUAGAGUUAAUCAGUUGAGUGAUCUUGGAAAUUACAGGUACUAUAUCCCAGGCUCGCAUGGGAACUUGAACGAGCUUCCCGUUCCUAGGCCUAUAAUUGACGCCGAGGCCGAGAUGGAGUUUGCAAUGGAAGAGGAGAUUGCAAUAGGAGCUGCUAUAAUAAGAGAAGGGACUUUAAUGGCUGAAGAGGCGCCAACCGCUCUUAGGGGUGAUGAAGGGCACGGCGAUGAGGAGUACGAGCUUGGUGAAUUGGCAAAUGAAGUAGUCUGGGUUUCAGUGUAG